UCUCGCCGUGUCGUGCGGAGUGUUGUAUUUUCUCCACCGUAGCUGUUAAACUAAACCGUAUAAUAUUCAUUGUAAGCUGUACAAAAACGCCAUCGGCAGGAGAGGGCAGUUGUUAACGCAGCAGUGCCGUCUUUGAAGAGCUCCGGGUCGGCAAGAAUACUCUUUAAUGGAUACUCCUGAAAGCCCUACGCAGUCCCCUCAGUCCCCUGAGGAGGAGGAGAAGGGCCUUUCUGACAGUGAGCUGCUGGAUUCUCCUGAUGAAGAGGAGGAUAGGGUCAUCUCAGACAGUGAGAUAGUCCACGAAGAGGAAAAUGGGGGGCUUGGUGAGGAGGAAGAGGAUGAUGUGGUGGAAGGCAGGGGAAGAAGUUCUGAAUUAGAGGAGGAGAGGGAAGAAGACGAUGAGGUGGUACCUGACUUUGUCUCUGAUCCAGAGGAUGAGGAGCCGUUAGGAGAAACAGAGGGAAUGGGACAGGAGGAUGGGACCAUUGUGCUGAUGGAAGGAGAUGAAGAUGGUCCACAGGGGGACCAGUUGGAUGGGGAGGACGAGAAGGAGGAAGAGGAGCAAGAGGAUAGAGUCUUUGACACGCCACAGUCUCCAGACUCAGAGCCAGAACAGAGCAAGAGCUUCACUGCCGAAGAGGACGGAGAAGACCGGGACGAUGGAUUCGAUGACUACAGAAAGGACGAUUCAGCCGAGCCCGAGACAGCUGAUGUGGAUGAUGAUGAUGAGGAGGAGGACAACAAAAGCAAAGCUGAGGAGGAAGAGGAGGACGAAAGGAUGAGAGCUGAGGAAGAACAGAGGAGGAGAGCUGUCGCGGUGAGGGAGAUGAAGGAUGACUCGGCGUCUGUUUCCCGCGAGCUGGACGAGCACGAGCUGGAUUAUGACGAGGAGGUCCCAGAGGAGCCCAGCAUCCCUGCACAUGAGGAAGAGGAAGAUGAGGAAGACACAAAAGCAGAGAGAGAAGAAGAGGAGGAGAGUGAAGACAAGAGCAGUAAGAAGAAGGAGAAGAAACCAAUCCUCCCUCCGUCUCCUAAAGACUCCAGAGGGCCCGAGAGGAUGCGCAGAGAUUCCUUCAGAGACAAAAAGAAGGAAGAGGAUGAUGGAGAGAUUGAUGAAGGAGAGAUUGAUGAUGAUGACCUGGAGGAGGGGGAGGUUAAAGAUCCCUCAGACAGGAAGAUCAGACCACGUCCCAUCUGCAGGUUCUUCAUCAAAGGAAAUUGCACAUGGGGUAUGAACUGUAGAUUCAUCCACCCCGGAGUCAAUGACAAAGGGAACUAUUCCCUCAUCAGUAAGCCAGACCUCUUCUCACCUAACGGAGCGCCUCCUGGAGGACCACACCCACUCAUACCCAAUAAUCCCUGGGCUGGUCCUGCAGUGGAGGAGCUCCCUCCACCACCUCCUCCAGUGGAGCCUCCUGUGGAGAGUGCCUGGGAGCGAGGUCUAAGGCAUGCCAAAGAGGUGCUGAAAAAGGCCACCAUCCGAAAGGAGCAAGAGCCAGACUUUGAGGAGAAGCGCUUCAACGUGACCAUCGGAGAAGACGAGAGAGAAUUUGACAAAGAAAAUGAUUUCUUCAGAGAACGCAGCUACCGCAUCAUCAGAGAUGAAAUGGAGUUCAGAGAUCCAGUUUAUGGUGACCCGUAUGCUGAUCCAUACUACGACUAUGAAAUGGAGGCCCUGUGGCGAGGUGGCCAGUAUGAAAACUUCAGAGUGCAGUACACUGAAGCUCCUCUUCCUUACCACUACAGUGAGCGUGAACGCGAUCGUGACCCCCGAGAGCGACAUCGGGACCGAGAGCGGGAGAGAGAUCACCGUGAGAGGGAGCGCCGGCAGAGAGAGAGGGAGAGAGAGCGGGAACGCGAGAAGGAGCGGAUGCGGCGGAAAGAGGAGUGGGAGAGGGACCGGAUGAAGCGGGAUGAGAAGGAGAGGCCGAGGAUGCGUCCACCUCGAGACCCCAGGGAGAAGAAAGACGAGGACAAACUGAAACCACGCUCUCCCCUUGGCAUGCCACCCAACAGGCCAAUGGAGCCUCCCUCAAAGAAGGAUGCUGUUCCAGUUAUGAGGCGACCAGAUGAGUGGAAGGACCCGUGGCGUCGAUCCAAAUCCCCUAGAAGGCGCCCUGGGCUGGGCUCCCCACCAAGAGGCCGCCGGCGCCAUCGCCCCUCAGGCUCCUCUGUGUCUCUGUCUAACUCCUCCAGGUCGUCAUCUCGCUCUUCAUCCUACACAGGCUCUGGGUCCUCUCGUUCCCGCAGCCGCUCUUCCUCAUUCAGCUCCUACUCCAGCCACUCCUCCCAGCGCAGCUCCUUCAGUGGCAGCCGCUCUAGGUCUCGAUCGUUCUCCACAUCGCCCUCACCGAGUCCAGCAGCACCGAGGAAUGCUAAGAACAAACCAGAUCUUCCCCCUGCAUUAGCUAAAGGCAUGCCGCUGAAGCCGGGUGCCAUGCCCCCUCCUCGCAGGGACAAGCCUGCCAUGAAGAAAGCCCCCAGUCCUCCUCCACCUGGUGGACUGCAGAGCAGGCCUUCCAAACCUCUGCCAGAGGGAGGGAAGCCUCCCUCCAAUCCCCGGGAGGCUGGAGGCGCAGGAGGCGGGGCAGGCAGUGGUGGAGCGGGGAGACCCCUGCCUCCAAGGGAACCUGGGAAACCUCCCAACCCGAGGGAAGUCAGGCGGAAAGAACGGCAGCAGCAUCCUCCGCGGAGGCGAACAGUGAGUGGGAGUGUGAGUGGAAGCGGUAGCAGUUAUACUGGUUCUAGCUCCAGAUCCAGAUCAAGAUCCUCCUCCAACUCCCUGUCACGUUCACGCUCACGCUCCGGAUCCAGAAAAUCCAGGAAAUCCAGAUCGCUGAGUGUGAGCAGCGUGUCAUCAGUGUCAUCAGCAUCAUCCAGCAGCAGCUCGGUGCGAAGCGCAGACUCAGAUGACAUGUAUGCUGACCUAGCCAGCCCGGUGUCUUCUGCCAGCUCCCGCUCGCCAACACCGAAUCACUCUCGCAAGGAGCGAGGGCCGCGGGACCGGCCUCCACAUGGCAGAGACAGGAACAGGGACAGACCAUCAAAGAAGGAUGAAUCCUUCAGGGAGGACCGCAGAAAGAAUGAGUCAUCUGGUCCCCCAUCUAGAGGAGGCAACCCCAUGCCCAGAUCAGGGCCUGGUAGCAGGGGUGGCCACCCAGGACACCCCCCACCUGGAUCCAUGGGACCCCCAGGAAGCUACGGAGGUUCAGGUUCUCACAAGGACAUCAAACUCACUCUCCUCAAUAAGGGCGAUAAAGGCAGCAGAAAGAGGUACCUGCCUUCAGACAAAGACAGGCGCUCUCCCCUCAGCAAGAGAAUGGCUCUGUCUCCAGACAGAGGCCGUGAUAAGAGGAUCCCUGGUCGACCCCCCUUUUCCCCUCGAAUGGAUCGGUCCAGAGGGCAAGGGCCCCGACCCAUGCCCCCCCAGGGAGACAGAAAACGUCCUCUGUCACCACCCCCCAAGUCAUCUGGGAAAGGCCCAGCGGCGCCAUCAGGCAAACCAGCCGCCCCGGGCUCCGCUUCGGCCGCUGGCUCGGGCUCGGGCAAACCCAGCAACACACUGUCCCGCCGCGAGGAGCUGCUGAAACAGCUGAAGGCCGUGGAAGACGCCAUCGCAAGGAAACGAGCAAAGAUCCCCGCCAAAUAAACGGAAGCCCACUCCCCGCCUGUUCGUCUGCCUGCCUGCACGGCCUCGUUAGCCGGGGCACAGUGAGGGUCAUGGGAUUGAGCGUUUUCCCCUGCCUUCAAUGGACAUGUAAAAAAUGUUGUAUGGUUCAUGUAUAAAGGCUGUCGUGUAAGUGAACAGGAAGUGGUCACCACAAAAACCAUCUUCUGCUUGUUUGCCCUCAGAGAGGUUUGGCUCUGCUCCUUUCUAGAGCAUCGUUCACUCCCAUACGCCCGACUUUAACGGCCCUUAAAAGUCUUUGAAUAUCUUGUCUGCGGAUAUCCUCAUCAUGGAAAAACCGGAGGGCAUUUGGUGAGGGAGGGACAUCUCAGGACUGGAGUGUAGACUUCACAGAAGUGUAGUAAGGUGCACUUGAUCACUUGCUGCUCACUCUGUUCCUUCAGUGAAAAGGAAGCAUCUUCCUCGUCUGGUGCGAUGAAUGACAGAUUUAUACAAUUCAAUCGACUUCUGUCUUCUGUCUUUCUCUGCCCCCUUUUAUCGUCUCGUUCUCUCACGUUUUCUUUCUUUAGUUUGCGGAGCGGUGUGACUGUUGGGUCAGCUCGACAGGGCACUGACAGCCUACAGGGCUUCACAACACUUCUUUGUAAAAAAUCUACAAAUUCUUGAGCAUCCAUAUUCGGCCCCUGUAAGCAACCACGAGCCCAGGCUUUGUUCAGAGGGGGCCAAUGUUUAACCAAUGACUCGUCUGCGUUCUGUGUUUUAGGGCAGUGUUCACUGUCACACCUUGUACAAUAAUAGCAAUUCAUCAAAUUCGUUAAAGCGUAUGAUUAUAGACAACAGUGAUGUGAAGUAUUGCUUCUUUUUUUUUUUUCUUUUUUUUUUUUUUAAUCUACAGCAUUUUGUUUUCUUCUUAGCUCUUAAGUGAUAAACCGAUGUUUUAUUUGUGUCACAUUUUUAGUUGGAGUAUGAGAGUUGGACCGGGGACAUUUAGAGACAAGAUAUGUCUUGCUUUUGUGACAAAAGCCUUCUAAAUAAACUAUUUUGAUAAAGAGAA